AUGGGACUACCCGCUCUUGAGUUUAGUGACUGCUACCUGGACAGUCCGCAGUUCAGGGACAGGCUCAAGUCCCACGAACUGGAGCUGGACAAAACCAACAAGUUCAUCAAGGAGCUGAUUAAAGACGGCAAAGCGCUGAUCCAGGCUCUGAAAUGUUUGUCAACAGCAAAGAGGAAGUUUGCAGACUCUCUCAACGACUUCAAAUUCCAGUGUAUUGGUGAUGCUGAAACAGAUGACGAGAUAUGCAUUGCCAAGUCACUUCAGGAGUUUGCAGCUGUUCUACAAAACCUGGAGGAUGAAAGGAUAAGGAUGAUCGAAAACGCCAACGAUGUGUUGAUUAUUCCACUGGAGAGGUUUAGGAAAGAGCAGAUCAGUGCAGCCAAGGAAGCCAAGAAGAAAUAUGACAAAGAGACAGAGAAAUAUUGUGCAGUGAUGGAGAAGCAUUUGAGCCUUUCAGCAAAGAAAAAAGAGUCCCAUCUACAUGAAGCAGACAACCAGGUGGAUCACGUGAGGCAGCAUUUCUACGAAGUUUCUCUGGAGUACGUCUUUAAGGUGCAAGAGGUCCAAGAGAGGAAGAUGUUUGACUUUGUGGAGCCCCUGUUGGCAUUUCUUCAAGGCCUGUUCACCUACUAUCAUCAUGGCUAUGAGCUGGCAAAGGACUUCAACCACUUCAAAACUGAUCUCACUAUCAGCAUACAGAAUACAAGGAACCGUUUUGAGAGCACAAGGUCUGAGGUUGAGAGUCUGAUGAGGAAGAUGAAGGAGAACCCUCAUGAGCACAAGAGUGUCAGCCAGCACACCAUGGAGGGCUACCUGUUCGUGCUGGAGAAGCGUCCCUUUGUUUCUACGUGGGUGAAGUACUACUGCACUUACCACCGUGACCCCAAGAAGUUCGCCAUGGUUGUUUUUGACCCCAAAUCAGGGGGCAAAAUGGGUGAGGAGGAGAGUUUCAUCCUGAAGUCGUGCACCAGGAGGAAAACGGAGUCCAUAGAAAAGAGGUUCUGUUUUGAUGUCGAGGCCAUCGACAGACAAGGCAUAAUCACCAUGCAGGCUCUGUCAGAGGAGGAUCGCAGGUUGUGGAUGGAGGCUAUGGACGGUAGAGAACCGGUGUACAAUCUCAACAAAGACAACCAAACUGAAGGCAUGGCCCAGCUGGAUGUUACUGGGUUCAACGUCAUGAAAAAAUUCAUCUACGCUUUGGAAACUCGAGGUAUUGAUGAGCAGGGUCUGUACAGAAUCGUUGGCGUAAGCUCCAAAGUACAAAAACUACUGAGCCUGACUAUGGAUCCUAAGACGUGUGCUGACGUGGAGCUGGACAACCCAGAGUGGGAGAUUAAAACAAUAACGAGUGCCAUCAAGCAUUAUCUGAGGAUGCUGCCUGCGCCUCUCAUGACGUACCAGUACCAGAGGAGUUUCAUCAAAGCCGCCAAGAUGGACAACCCAGAGGCCAGAGUGACAGAGAUCCAUGCUCUUGUUCACCGAUUACCUGAGAAGAACAGACAGAUGUUGGAGCUGCUGAUGAAACACCUGUCCAACGUGGCCAGUCACCACCAGCAGAACCUGAUGACUGUCGCCAAUCUGGGCGUGGUCUUUGGGCCCACUCUGCUUCGCCCGCAGGAGGAGACGGUCGCAGCCAUCAUGGACAUCAAGUUCCAAAACAUUGUAGUGGAAAUCCUCAUAGAGCACCAUGAGAGGAUAUUCAGGGACGUGCCCAAUUCGACAGGCAAUUCAACAAACAUGCAGCUUGACCAGUCGAGGAGGAGAAGCACUGAGAGCAAAGCACCAUCCUGCAGUGAAAGGCCUCUCACGCUAUUCCACACACUGACACAUUCUCAGACAGGUGAAAAGAGGAACAGUGUUGGCAACACCCCAGCUGCUGACAUGCAACACCCGGUGUCUUCCUCUACAAACUGUAACAGCAGCAGCAGCAGCAGUAGCAGCACUGGCAGCCACAAUAAAACCCCCAGACACAGCCUGACCAGCAACGACGGAGAGCAGGACGGCCGACAAAUCCGACCCAGCUCACUACUGAACCCAAAGAGUCGAGGCAGUAUACCCACAAGUGCAAUAUCUCCGAGCCCCACCUCACCUCGUUCUCCCUCCUGGCCGAUGUUCUCAGCACCUUCAAGUCCACAGCCGAUCUCAUCCGCUUCCAGUGACUCUUCCCCAGUCAGUAUCACAGGCAGGAAGGCUCGAGCGCUGUAUGCGUGCAAGGCAGAGCACGACUCAGAGCUGUCCUUCAUCGCCGGGACCAUCUUUGAGAAUGUUCAUGCUUCCAGGGAGCCCGGCUGGCUGGAGGGGACUCUGGAUGGUCGAACUGGACUGAUUCCAGAAAACUACGUGGAGCUGCUAUAGCCACAGCUGGACCAAGAAACUUAACGUAGACCAAGCUGGACUUGACUGCACAAAACUCCUCUGUUAUCAUAUGAUCAACUGGAGCAGAUUUUAUUGACUUUGUGUUGACUAGGUUGGAGAAUAGAAACUGGACCAAGCAGAAAGGGAUUUGGCACAGGACUGAAGCAUUGUGGACUUUGUCUGAAUUGCACUGGGAAGAGAAAGAGGGAAAAACUGAAACUGUUGUGGGAAGUUGUAAGUGUUUGUGUGUCAGGGGUGUAGAUAACCCGAGGGUUUGGUGAAAUUACUCUUCUAAGUGAGCUGAUAUAUUUGAGGUGAGAGUUGCAAUUCAUUUUUUAAACGUCUGUUUUACUACUCUGAUCUGGACUGCCCCUUCCUCAUCAUUCCCCAUUGUCAUUAGGUAUACACAGCAUUAUUGACAGGGAACAAGAUAAAUGGUAAGUGGCCUUCAGCUUUAAACUGCUUGUUCAUCUCUCCAUUGUUUGGUCGCUAAUCCCCUUGGGAAAUUUGAGCCCUGGAAGCAGACGGCGAUGAUUGGGCUCGGCUGUAAACGUGUUCGCAAUCGCUCGUUGGGUAAUUCCAGGGGAAGACAGUCCGCUUCACUGAUGUUUAGGAGUAAAACGCCGUGAGCCCCAGGGCAGAUCCGCAAGACUGAUGAGUACGCUUCAAACGGUUCGGGUCAGCGUUGGCGCCACGCUCAUUUGUAAGGAAAACCUUUGCAGAGCCAUCACUUGGAAAGUAGAAAUGUGAAAAAUCUCACACAGGAUCCACAGGCAGCUCAGCAGUUUACAGUGAGGCGUAGGAGGAGCAACUGAUUGCUGCUGGUUAUAACAAGCCCAGCUGCAAGGCCUUGCUGCAAGUGGAGAAAUGAUGAGUCAUGUUUGCACUAUGUUGGUCCAUUCUUGGAAUUCCAAUCAACCAGGAAACUUUUUCUCUCUCCUUUUUUAACAUUACAAAGCACCUGCAUGUUUUUUCCCCUCUUAUUUUUUCCAUAACACAGAAUCUGAAGCUUUAAUAUUAGCAGCACAGAGAGAGAAGACAUAAUGUCAUUCCCCAGCUUUGAUCACAUUAUGAGGAAUUAUAAAGACUAUUAAGCAUAAUGAUGUGAGGACAGAUUGACAUUUUGAUUUUAUAGUUAAUGAAAUGUAGAUCAUUUUCUGGGCUGCAGCGACUGCUCUUGUUUCCUGAGGUGAAUGUUUUGGUAAUAAUGAGUUUUUUUCCCCCCAUUCUAUCUUUUAUCAACAAGAUUCUUUUUAAAGAGAAUUUUAAAAGGAGAAAAAACUAAUGGGAGAAUAAAAAAAGCAAGCUAAUGUGAAAUAAGACUACUUUGUUCAUAAUUAUAUAAACUUAUUUAUAAGAUUUUCUUGAACGUAAAAUUCCAAACUUCAUCCUUUUGAGGUGUUUUUAAUGAUCCUGUAAAUAAAAACAGCAUUUUGAUGAGGUAUAAUUUUUUCACAAGUAUGAAAUUUUAUAUUUUGUAUUUCUAGCUUACUAACUUAAUUCCAUUAUUGCAUUAUUUGUUGCCAGAAUUUUCUAUCAUUUAUGUUUGUUCACAGCCUUAAAUAUUCCUACAGAUUUUGGUGAAGGAUUGUGAAGAAUUAAAGAUACAUCUUGAACAA